UGGUAUAAGAUAAAAGCGAUAUCUUAUCUCUAUCAUACAAUGCGUUGUCUGAUGGAUAACCCCACUCAAACUAUUAAUAAUAGAAUUUCCAAGAAGUUAAUCAAAAAUUGGCUAAUCCACAAAUUGAUAACUCAAUAUUUCUAACAGCAAAGACACUAUCAAGUUGUUCAGAGCGACGGGAAAUUGUUGAAGUGAAAAUUAGUGGUAACUGGAAAAACAAAUAAAAAGCAGUAAAAUUUGCCAAGUUACAUCAUACCGGUUAGUCGAUUGCGAGCUUGAAAUGGAAUAACAACUCUCAUAAUUUGUGCUUAAUUACAGUUAUGCCCGAUAUUUUGUUUUUUGACGAAACCGACGGUUUUAUUGACAGUCAUCCAGAUGAGUACCAAGGACCAUUAAAAAAUCGAUCAUGCACUGAUGUAAUUUGUUUGCUAAUUUUCAUAGUCUUUGUGGUAUUGUGGGCAGUGAUUGGUAUAUGGGGUUUUCGAAAUGGAGACCCCAAUACUUUGCUUGUACCAAAAGACUCUUCAGGAUUACGUUGCGGUUUAGAUGAGGAAGUAAAAAGUUAUAAAUAUCUUUUCUUUUUUGACUUAACUGAGUGUUUAGCUGCUUCCACUCCGUUUACCGGAUGUUCCACGAAACAGGUAUGUGUUGAGAGUUGUCCGAAUGCCACUUUUUACUAUGAAACAAGAAGCAAUAAUUUUCAAGCGCUACCCUACUGUAACUACAAGGUCCGAACAACCGCAUAUGACGAAAAUGAGUGCCCUAAAUGGUUUCUACCUAGUACAAGUUUUCAGAAGCGAUGUAUUCCUGCAACAACUCUUUUUAAUGAGACUGUUUUGAGCGACAUUGCAACCGCCGUAAACGAUACCAAUAUCAAUAGUGACAAUAUAAUCACGGCCAUAAGCAACCUUAAGUUGCUAUCUGAAGCUGAACAGUUUGCAUCGCAAGUAAUCAAUGAUUUGGUAAAUUCUUGGCAGAAAAUACUAAUUGGACUGGCUGUUGCUUUGGUGAUAUGUUUAAUUUAUAUUUUCAUGCUCAGAUGGAUUGCAGGAGUAAUGGUAUGGAUCUCUAUUGUGGGAGUUCUUGCUGCUUUAUCUGCAGCUACGUAUUUCUCAUACACUACAUGGCAAUAUUGGAAAACUGAGAACGCGAACAAUCAGCUAUCAUCCAGCGCAAAUACAAAACAGAAUAUUUUCUUAGCUCUUUUCAUCAUAGUGGCUAUCGUGUUAGGAAUUGUUCUCCUGGUGCUCAUUUUCCUGAGAAGUCGCAUAGUUCUGGCGAUAGCUUUGAUUAAAGAAGGAAGCAGGGCUGUAAGUUCGGUAACAUCAGUUCUUUUCUUUCCGGUAUUUCCGUGGAUUUUACAAGGAGGAAUUAUUGCGUACGCAGUAAUUGCCGGUGUUUAUUUAGCUUCAUCAGGAGAACCGUUGUAUCAGUACGGGAAUGUAACAGAUGAAUGCCAAACUGACUCAAAUCACUCAAUCACCGCAAAUACAGUAUGUUCUCCCAAAAAUUUGCCAACGAGCGGUUCAUGUAGCAGUGUUACCUGCUCUUUUAUAGGCAUCAAAAAUGAUGCUUAUUAUUCCUACUUGCAAGGCAUUAACAUAUUCGGCUUUUUCUGGCUGGCAUUCUUCGUAUCCGCCUUCGGUCAGAUGACAUUAGCCCAAGUUUUUGCCCAAUGGUACUGGACUAGGCCAAAGCGUGACUUACCAUUUUUCGCAUUAACUGCAGCUAUUUAUCGAACGAUUAGGUAUCAUUUAGGAACACUUGCGUUUGGGUCUUUGAUAAUAGCGAUUUGUCGGAUGAUAAGAGUGAUGCUGGAAUACGUUGAUAAAAAGCUCAAGAAGUAUGAUAAUGCUUUUACCAGAGCUAUUUUAUGCUGCCUGAAGUGUUUCUUCUGGUGCCUAGAGAAGUUUCUGAAGUUUAUCAACAAAAAUGCGUAUAUCAUGUGCGCCAUUCAUGGCAAAAACUUUUGCGCUAGUGCAAAAGACGCCUUUACGCUUCUCCUGAACAACAUUGUGAGAGUUUUUGUUUUGGACAAGGUUACUGAUUUCUUGUUCUUCUUGAGCAAACUGCUGGUCACAUUCGGUGUGGGAGCGAUAGCCUACGUGUUCUUUGUUACCGAUUAUAUCAGCUUUGUAGAUAAUUCUGAAAUCCAAUAUGGAUUGGCUCCGGUAGUGGCAAUUAUGAUCGCUACCUACUUGAUUGCCACACUGUUCUUCAAUGUCUACAGUAUGGCAGUUGAUACGCUGUUUUUGUGCUUCUUGGAAGACUCGGAGAAAAACAAUGGCAAGGACAGGCCCUACUACAUGUCGAGAAACCUGAUGAGAAUAUUAGGAAAACGAAAUAAACCAGUUAAAACCGAUUAAUUAACUUUUAGACUAGAUUUUUGUAAAUAAUUUUAACAUAUUACCGCUAUUACUUUACAAAAAACUGAGAGUUUAGACUAUUUUUAGGAACUGAACCAAAUGCUAGAUAGGCGCAGACUUACUUAUAAACAACAUUUACACAGUUGAACUGAUACCAUAUACUUGAAGGCUGUGAGACACGGUAGAACUUUUUAAUAACCAAUUAAAUAUUUUUGUCAUUAAGUUAUUUUUAGUGGCACUGUUUGUAUUACGCUAUCUAAUAGUAAUUUUCUCAAUUUAUCAGGGUUAUUACUACUAGCGUUUAUUUGUACCUAUACAAGUUUGAGUGAUAGUUAUAGUAAAUAAUAGUUUUAUAUGUAAAUCUAUGAAAUAAAUCAAAUAUCAGCAAAA